AUGACUGAAUGGAAGGAAAAACAAUUUUACCCCACAUUUAUUUUGGAUCAGCUAAAGAAUUCUAAAUUCAGUAAUAUGCUUCCUGAGUCAAAGAAAAUCGCAUCUAUUUCUUCUAAAGUCCUGAGAUCUCGGCAUCUUCACUCUUUUGUGUCCAAGUUUAAAGAAGUACAGUCCUUUGAAGAACUAUCUCAAACACUGAAAGCAACAAUUAUCUGGUGUAAAAACAGUAAAUUUAGAUCAGGGGCUUUCUUCUUAGGAAUGAAGCUUUUAAAAAGCAAGAGGCUGCAGCAUGUAGAAGCCCAAGGUUGCAGAUUGCAGCGGAAGCUUAAAUGUGUUAAAGCCACUAUCUGUAAAUAUCUUACACUCCAAAGUUGCAGAGAGAGACCCAUGCAACUUCUUAGAGGAAGUCCCCGACGAAAUAGUAGACUGUCACGGAAGCAGAGCUGUGUUUCACAGACUACUUCUGUACAUAGAGGGGGUCCUGUCUUCAGGGGAACUGUAUCUCCUUUCCUCAAUCAGUGUUUUCUAUUUCGGACUUUGGACUCCAGUGGUACAAAGACUUUUGAGGAAAGUAUCCAUGAUGGCAUUUCUGUCCCUGCAGUGUUGGGAAAUCACCCUACCCGUAUACAGAAAGAAGCCAUUGAUCAGAAAUAUGACAUUGAUGAUAUUUUUAAAGUUCUAGGUCUCUAGGGCUACUUUCUGAUAAGUAAUCAAAAAUGAAAUUCAGUUGAAGUGUUAUUUCUAUUUCAUUAUAACAAAUGCAGACAGCUGUUCUCAGGUUUUGAGGUUUCCUUGAAGUUGUUAUUACAUAAGUCUUUAUUGA